GCUACCAUAGCAUUCCGUCACUUGGCAACAACACUCGAGAAGUUUCACGUUAAAGUUAUUCUAACAUCGACAAACGUCGGAAAGAUGCGUCCAAAAUAUUACACACCAAAUGAAGUUGCAGUGCACAACACACUAAAAGAUAUAUGGGUUUCUUUUUUGGGUAAAGUCUACGAUUUAACACCACUAUGUGAGAAAUACGAAGGGAGCACUCUUUUGAAGCCUAUUGUUGCCAGUGCUGGAAAAGACAUCUCUCAUUGGUUUGACAAAAAGACAAAUGAUAUUCGAACACAUGUAGAUCCUACAACACAAUGUGUGUUUCCAUACUCGCCUCAUGGUCGCUUCGUCCACAUCCCACCCCCCUGCCCGCGCACCGACUGGGCCAAUGAUUUCGGCAGACCGUGGUGGAAAGACGAAGGAUACUGUAUUGGGAUCCUAUCCAAGAAGACAAGGAUGGUGAAGAUCAUUAACACUCUGACAUCACAGGAACAGAUUAUUGAGGUUUGCUCUGAAGAAACCAUGGAUGAAAUUUUGCAGAGGUAUCUGAAAUGGAACCAGCAUGCAGCCAGCUACACCUGGAAAUAUGAAGGCCAGAACCUGGACAUGAAUAAAACCCUGGAGGAGAACAGCAUCUCGGACGAAGAUGAAGAAUUCUACAAACUCAGCAUGAACGAUGACGAGUACCUCCGGGCUAUCCACCUGUAUUUCAACGAUGAUCUGACGGAAGCCUGAUGAGGGAGGGCGGUCGGUGUUUGACCUUAUCUUACAUUCAAAGACUCAUGUUGAAUCGUGAAGACACUUUGGAUCGUUGUUCAGCAAUUUAAGAAGAAAGCGGGACCUGUUUCGUAAAGGUUUUCAUCAACCAUGGACAGAUACAUUUCAUCUACAUGUAUCUCACACUCCCUAACCUCUUUCUGAAUGCUUUGCAUGUGUUUUGUCCACCGAAUGUUGACCUCAGAAAUUAGAAGACAAAUUUAACGUUUUCAUGUGUUUUAAGUACCAGGACUUCAACAGCAGUAGAAUAUCUAUACUUUUUUAACAUUAAAUUUUUUUUAUUCUCCAGUUAUCUAUCUUUAGAUAUGUUAUUCAUGUAAAAGUUGUUUCAUAAUCCCUGGUUCUUUUUUUUUAUUGCUGAAUGGAUAUAAAUUCUUCAUACAUGGCAUAUAAUACACCUUUUCCCCAUUCAGAUUCUUCAUCAUAAUGUUGACGCAGUUUUACAGACAAACCCUUUUUAGGCAGUGCAUGUAAAUUAUGGCUAAUUUGAUUUUGCAAUAUUUGCAUUUUAAUGUCUUUUUGUGACAAUCUAACAGGUAGGAUUUGAGACAUAUUACCAAAAUAAAUAUUACUGUAGUAUUGCUGUAAACUGAGCUCAGUAAC